AUGUUCACCAAAUCAUUUCGGAUCAAGUCAAAGGCAGCAGUCCAGGACUCAGACAUCCACAAACUACGGGAUGAUGCAUUGACAGCUUUCUCCACCAUGGCGCUUGAUGAAGUGUGUGAAUUAAUUCCGUCAGAGAACACCAUCAUUUUGGUUCACAUGGAGACUUUUGCAAAGAAGGCAGUGGCAGUCUACGUGACAGGAGGCAACCCCAUCCUAUUUGAAUUGGAUAAUGAGUUACAUCCCACAGUUUACACGUUGUGGCGCUUCCCACACCUUAUUCCGACUUUCCUGACAUGGCCAAUUGUUCUAGAAAAAUUAAUACGUGGAUGUGAUUUAAUGCUGCCAGGACUGUUGAUUCCUCCUGAAGGGCUGCCCGUGGUACAGAAAGGUGAACUCUGUGGCAUUGCAGCGAUGGCGAACAGAGCCCCAAUAGCUAUUGGCUUCGCUACCAUGUCUACAGCCAAGAUGCUAAGACUCCGUUUAAAGGGAAAAGGAUUUUGUAUAAUUCAUACCUACCAAGACCACCUGUGGCAGUAUGGACAACAGACCACUCCACCAGUUUUCACGGCACCGACACCGGCCCUCCCCGGUGAUACUGAUAAAAAAUCAACUGAUUUAAAACCCAAGCCAAAGAAUGACCUAACGUUAGAUGAAGAUGAAGAUGACGACGACGAUGAUGAAUCAGAUAUUCUUGAGUAUAUCAAGCCAAAGUUGCCCAAAAAACCCUCAAAAGAUCUCAGUGCAACCCAAAAAGGUCUCAGUGCAAGCCAGGAAGAUCUCAGCGCAAGCCAGAAAGAUCUCAGUGCAAGCCAGGAAGAUCUCAGCGCAAGCCAGAAAGAUCUCAGUGCAAGCCAGAAAAAUCUCAGUGCAAGCCAGACAGAUCUUAGUGCAAGCCAGAAAAAUCUCAGUGCAAGCCAAAUAGAUCUCAGUUUAAGCCAGAAAGAAAUCAUUGCAUGCGAAGAAUAUCCCAGUGUAAGUCCAGAAGUUCAACAGCACAUGGAUAAACUCUUGGAGCAGUGUUUCAUUCUUGCUUUGAUAUACACAGUCAAGGAGAUAGACCUCCCAUUACUUCCUACCACUCUUUUUAACCGCCAUAUGCUUCCCUGUUGUCCAGAGAGGUACCAUCUUGAUAUAAGGAAAACAAGUUACAGAAAUAUGUCUAAAUUCCUGUACCAAAUGCAACAGGAAAAUAUAUUAGAGGUGAAAGAAGUAAACAAUAAAGUAGAAAGCGUUGUGGCAAUUAACUGGGAACAUCCCAAGAUUUCACCUGUCGCUACCGAGAAGCCAUCCUCAACCUUCCAGAUGCUGUACAUGAAUAGCAAGGAUGAGCCUUAUCAAGCCCCAGAGAUAAAACAGCUCUAUUUUGCCCCAUCCAACAUGACCCAGCUCUUUCAGGUGGCGGGCUUCAAGAAAGGAAGUCCUUUAGAGGGUAAUGACGUCCGGGAAGCCCUUAUUGAAUAUGCAAAGGCAAAUAACCUAUUUGAAAUAAGCAGUGUAAACUCCAUAAAGAUGGAUGCGCUCCUAAGGGGCUGUAUUUUAAAUCAGAGUGAAAAAACCAAGAUCAAGAAGCUGUCUUGGGCUAGUCUCCUGAAUAGAUGUUUUGAAAAAAUGCAGCCAGGCUAUCAACUAACAUUUCCAGGAAAAGAACCCAUUGUGAAAAGGGGAGAAAUCAAACCCAUAAGCAUUACUGUGACACACAGGAAUUUAAGAAUAGUAACUUUUGUCCAGAACCUGGAAACAUAUGGCCUCAACCCAUAUUCAGUGGCCAUAAUCAUUCAGGAGAGAAGUCACUGUAGUGCCAGUGUUUAUCCUAUGCCUGAAACCAAAGACAGCCUAAUAGUGCAAAUUCAUGGGAACCAGGGAAUGCAACUUCGCCAACUAUUGCAUGAAGACUAUAAACUUCCACUAAAUAGUGUGGCAACCUUGGAAAGGUUGUUCCUACCAUGA